GUAACAAACAGACCAUCACAUAAGGCCCACGUUAGAAACUAAUCGACAACAAAUAUAACUUCCCACAUUCAAUAGCUAUGGCGCCAAAAUUAACUCCAAAUGCGCCUUCUCCAUUUCUUUUCUCUAAAUAACCUAUUCUUAUCAACAACAACUCUUUCAAUUCCUCUAAAAAUGGCCAAUACUUGUAAUUCUUCUUUAUUAUGGUUCAGAAAGGGGCUCCGAAUUCACGAUAACCCGGCUCUUGAACACGCUGUUAAAGGGUCGGAUGUUGUGUACCCGGUUUUUGUGAUUGACCCACAUUACAUGGAGCCUGACCCGGGGUCGUUUUCACCCGGUUCUGUUAGGGCUGGGGUUAACCGUAUUAAGUUUUUGAUUGAAAGUUUGGAGGAUUUGGAUUGUAAUUUAAAGAAGAUUGGGUCUAGGUUGUUGGUUCUUAAGGCUGAGCCCGGUGAUGUUUUGAUUCAUUGUUUGAAACAGUGGAAUAUAAAGAAGCUUUGCUUUGAGUAUGAUACGGAUCCAUAUUAUCAAGCUUUAGAGGCUAGAGUCAAGAAAUAUACAUCUGUAGCAGGAAUUGAGGUUUUUUCUCCUGUAAGUCAUACCCUUUUCGAUCCUAGAGCUAUCAUAAAUAAGAAUGGGGGCAAACCACCUCUUACUUACCAGUCAUUUCUGAAAGUUUCUGGUCAACCCUCGUGGGCAUCUUCCCCAGUUUCAAGUGGGCCAUCAUCGAUUCCACCUCCUGGGGACAUAGGGAACCUGCAAAUUUCAAAUGUACCAACAAUGGAAGAACUUGGCUAUGUAGAUAUUGGACAGCAUGAAUUUUCGCCGUUUAAGGGUGGUGAAUCUGAAGCAUUGAAAAGACUGAAGCAGUCUCUUGAUGAUAAGGACUGGGUGGCUAAGUUUGAGAAGCCAAAAGGGGAUCCCUCUUCCUUUCUAAAGCCUGCAACUACCGUUUUAUCACCAUAUUUGAAGUUUGGCUGUCUAUCUUCUCGGUACUUUUACCAAUGCAUUCAGGAAAUCUACAAGAACGUUAAACACCAUUCUUCUCCACCUGUUUCUCUUCUUGGACAGUUGUUGUGGCGGGAUUUCUUCUAUACCGCUGCAUUUGGCACACCUGAUUUUGACCGAAUGAGGGGUAACAGAAUUUGCAAGCAGAUCCCUUGGAAUGAAGAUAGUGAACUGUUUACUGCAUGGAGAGAUGGAAGGACCGGGUACCCUUGGAUUGAUGCGAUCAUGGUACAGCUACAUAAAUGGGGAUGGAUGCACCAUCUUGCGCGUCAUUGUGUUGCAUGUUUCCUUACCCGUGGUGAUCUGUUUAUUCACUGGGAGAAAGGUCGUGAUGUUUUCGAAAGGUUACUGAUUGAUUCAGAUUGGGCAAUUAACAACGGAAACUGGCUCUGGCUUUCAUGUUCUUCAUUUUUCUAUGAGUAUCAUAGAAUUUACUCUCCAGUCACAUUUGGAAAGAGGUAUGACCCAAAUGGCAAUUUCAUCAGGCAUUUUCUCCCAGUUCUGAAAGAUAUGCCAAAAGAGUACAUAUAUGAACCUUGGAAAGCUCCUAAGAGCGUUCAAGUGAAGGCUAAAUGCAUAAUUGGAAAAGACUACCCAAAUCCCGUGGUUUCCCAUGAUUCUGCGAGUAAAGAAUGUAAAAGGAAGUUGGCUGCAGCAUAUGCAUUGAAUCGCCAAUUAAAUGGCAAUGUCAGUGAAGAUGACCUAAGAAAGUUGAGACGGGAAUUAGAGGAAGAUCAAAAGCAGGAACCUGCCGUUAAGAAGCAAAAGCAAAAAUCUAUUAGCGACUUCUGUUCUGAGUAGCGUUAUCUAGGCUGAUAUCUUUGUUAGGAUAGUACUAGUAGCAUGCACGUCUCAUUACUGCGAUGUGGCAGCUCGUAGCAUGCAACUGAUCUAUUAUUUGUGUAUCAUUCACGUCUCGUUACUGCGAUGUGGAAGCUCGUAUCGUUAAUGUGUGUAGCAUGCACAUUUCAUUGUUGCGAUGUGGAAGCUUGUAGCGUGUAACUAUUCUGUAAUGUGUGUAGUUUUUCUUCUAAUGUAAUGUCAGUACCAAACUAGUUCCUUUGUAUCUGUAGGACAAAAAUGAUGAUGUGCUCUGAACAUAUCUAAAGUUAUUUAAAAUUUACAAUAUUUUCUAA